AUGAGUAGGGCCAGCAUCGAGCAAGCCCUGACUGGGCUGGUGCCCACUCUGAAUGGGCCACUCCCUUCUGAGCUUGUUGACAUUGCUUUGUCUCUCCUGGCUCGCUCACGCAGCGUUGCGCAUUCGCUGAAGCCGGACGAGGAGAUUGCGCGUCCGUACGCAUGUGCGCAGCUGGCAUGCGAGAGACUGAAGAAACGACUCAAUCUUCCCUCAAUAACAUCUCGCCCACCAUGUCCGCCACGGGUGUACACCAAGCUGUACAACUACCUCGCCAGCGCCUUGCCUGACUCGACGACCCCCCGCGAGCCACAAACACCACGAAAAAAUCCAGUAUCUGCUCCAGUUUCUGCCACAAGUACACCAAGGACCGCCAGAAGGACACCACAAACAGCCCAGAAGAUCGACGUCAGAGCCGGAGAACCGCCAGCAUGGGUCAUGCCCUGCAUCCGUACACUCGCAAAGACUUUCUCCUACCCACUCGCAGCACCCCAUAUUUACACCGGCGUUGAGUCCAUACUGCCACUCAUGGCGCGCAUGACCGCCGCAGCUGUCGAGACACCCAGCAAACGACCACGACGACCUGCGAGCACAACACAAGCUACCAUGGCAGCGAUUUCAGAUACCAAGAUAUUUGGUCUGGUCGUGGUGGUGUUUCUCUACGUUCUGACCAGGAUGACGGAUCAGAUUGUCACGCCUGAGCAGUACACCGAACGCCGUGAAAAGGCUGUCCACACCCUUUUGGAGCUGCCCGCUGCCAAAAACGUUGCAUAUGAUGAGCUAUCGCCGGAGACAGAAGACUUGAUGACCGUGGCACAGCAGGAAGGCUGGCUUCGGAUGGAGUGGUUCUUGAACAUCUCUCCUCCAAAGGACGUAGACGAGAUGGAAGGCGUCGAGACGACAGACGAGAAAACAUCUCUUUUGACAGGAGCCAGAACUCUAGGACUCAGAAGUGGUGGUAGCGACUACAUCGGCCUUGGGACCAUGCUGCAAGACGCGACCGACUAUCUGGGCGAGCGUCAACGAGAAGACUACAAGAUAUGGAAGGCGAAGAUUAUGGCUCGUAUUGAGGAGAUGGAGGUUGGGUCAUAA